AAAAAAUACCAGGAGCGAUAAAAUGCACGGACUACGGGGUCCAUUUAACUGUCAGUAAGACGUUUUCGCAUUUUUGGGGGAGGUUUGAGAUAUUUUGGAGAACACUAGCUGUGUGAAAUGAAGAUCAUCUGUCAGGCCGAGCUCUUUGAUUUUUAGCCAGUUGGCUGCAAUUUCAGGGAUGGCUAGCUGAGCUAACCUAGCUAACAGUUAGCUUGCCCAUUUAGCUCCCCUGGUCACUGGGUGCCCAGUAACUGCUCUUGAGCUCAAUUUAGAAAGUGGUGGUUUCAUUCGGAUAAAGGUUGUCGUCCGUCGAGCACCUAAAGCAGUGAGCUAGCCUGUCUUGUCUGCUCGGUAGAUGGACAGUUUGACGGGCACUCAUUGUCACUGCGCGGGCGGACAGUGUUGGUUUUGGGGCGGCUAGGCUCGUACUCGGCCGGGCAACCAGCAUAGGGAUUGUACAAAUGUGGCAGUGGCAGCCAGUAGUGUCCCACUAUCUCCGGGACCGAAGCCGCUCGUUUUAAAUUAAAAACGCAUUUAAAAAAAAAAAGAGUGUUAGGCUUACGGGCUAACCAGCUACGCGGGAAAGCUAUUAAAAAGUGUUGGCAGACUGCAAAUCUUGUCACGGUUGCUCGGUUAUAACGUCAGCAGCAUUUAGCUUGCAAGCUAGUCAAGAGAGUGAUCCAAACAAAUUCUGCUGUUUUGGGACAGUGCAUUAAAGACGAUGGUUAUUUGCACCGUCUGUAGUCAUCCAAGACGUUCAAGGACAUGUUGCACUGCAAAUUUUCAGUGAUCAGCUGUCAGUCCCUGUAGCCUGAGGAUUUACAUAAGACUUUGACUAAGCUGUCAAAUAUUUGACACUUGACAGCAGUUUUACCACCAAGAAGGAAGGCCGGAUUCUGCAGCAAGCUCCAUUAUCAGAGUCUGGAUAUAACUUGUUGAAAACGGACUGUUGCUCAGAGGGGAUUUUUUUAUUUAUUUGUGUGAGGUGUAGCCCUGCGCCCCUUGUCAGACGGGCUUUUCAGCUCAUGCGGUGAUGACUUUAGACUCCAUGAUGGCUUGUUGCCUGAGUGAGGAGGCGAAGGAGUCCAAACGAAUCAACGCUGAGAUCGAGAAACAACUCCGGCGAGACAAGAGAGAUGCAAGGAGGGAGCUGAAGCUUCUUCUGCUAGGUACCGGAGAGAGUGGGAAGAGCACUUUCAUCAAGCAGAUGAGAAUAAUCCAUGGGUCAGGCUACACAGAUGAGGACAAGAAGGGCUUCACCAAACUGGUCUACCAGAACAUCUUCACCUCCAUGCAGGCCAUGAUCCGGGCAACUGAGACCCUCAAGAUCCCGUUCAAGUAUGAGCAGAACAAGAAUAACGCCCAGGUGGUGCGCGAGGUUGACGUGGAGAAGGUGUCGUCAUUCGAUCAUCCCUACAUUGGUGCGAUUAAGAUGCUGUGGGCUGACCCUGGCAUCCAGGAGGCCUACGAUCGCAGGAGAGAGUACCAGCUCUCCGACUCAACCAAAUAUUACCUUAGCGAUUUAGAGAGAAUAGCAACAUCGGGGUACGUGCCCACUCAGCAGGACGUGCUGCGGGUUCGAGUGCCCACCACCGGCAUCAUUGAGUACCCAUUUGACCUGGAGAAUAUUAUCUUCAGCUAUCUAAGUGAUCUGGAUCGUAUUGCUGAACCGUCCUAUCUACCAACCCAACAGGAUGUGCUUAGGGUUCGAAUCCCAACCACUGGGAUCAUAGAAUACCCUUUCGACUUGCAAAGCAUCAUUUUCAGGAUGGUGGACGUGGGGGGUCAGAGGUCAGAGAGGAGGAAGUGGAUCCACUGCUUUGAGAACGUCACCUCGAUCAUGUUUCUGGUGGCGCUCAGCGAGUACGACCAAGUCCUGGUGGAGUCAGACAACGAGAAUCGUAUGGAGGAGAGCAAAGCUUUGUUCAGGACCAUCAUCACAUAUCCCUGGUUUCAAAACUCCUCUGUCAUCCUAUUCCUUAACAAGAAGGACCUGCUGGAGGAGAAGAUCAUGUACUCUCACCUGGUUGACUACUUCCCAGAGUUUGACGGGCCCCAGAGAGAUGCCCAGGCAGGCCGGGAGUUCAUCUUGAAGAUGUUUGUGGACUUGAACCCAGACAGUGACAAGAUCAUCUACUCCCAUUUCACAUGCGCCACCGACACAGAGAACAUCCGCUUCGUCUUUGCGGCGGUCAAAGACACCAUCCUGCAGCUCAACCUCAAAGAAUACAACCUGGUGUGAAAAAAGAGAAACGGAAAGAGAGGGAGGAGAGAGAGCAAGCAAGAGACCUGCAGCACCCCCCCCCCCCCCCCCCCCCCCCCUCCUUACACACACAGACACGCACACAUAUACACACAGCAGAGUUCACAUAGAGAAACAUACACAUCUGCAUGAAACAUAUUGCUGCUCAGAUAAGCAUUGCUUCAUACUUUACUAGACCAACUAUCAAUAUUCUGUCUCUGUUGUCCACUUAGCUCCUCGGUUGUUGGUUUGCCCAUCCUUUUUUUUAAAGAAUGUUUUGUGAGGUUUUGUGAUUCUAUUAAUUGCUCCUCUUGCACAUGAAACACACUAAAAUAUAACACUCCCUCCAUUUGUGGCCCUUUCUUGGGGUGAUGGUCUGACCCCGUGCUCGUCUUGUUAGGCGUGGGGUGAGGCUCACAUCUUUGCUUUCUUUUACACUACAUUAUCACCAGUACUUGUGUGUUUGAGGUGGGUAGAGGGCCAUCUCUGAGUCGACCAAGCUUUGAUGGAUAAAGGGCUCUCUUCCUCUUCUUCUUAUGUAACCCGUGCAUGCGAUACACUACAGCGACCUUGGACUCAUCUGCAAAGGGGUGACUAAUUACAACAAUAGGAAUUUAUUAUCAGGCAAUGCUGGGGUGUAGUACUUGGUUCCUCUGGGUCUUUAAUUACAUUUUUUUUUUUUUUUUUUUUGUUAACCAUUCCCCAAAUUGAGAGUCCACAAGCUCUUUUGAAUGUAAAUAAAGUUUUCAUGCUGCUCACACAGAGUGAGGGCUACACAGAGAUGACAACAUGUUCUCUGUAGUUCAAAUAUUUUCAGUCAUGUUAACGUUUUGAUUAUAUUAGUACUGCUAUAUAUGGAAAUUGAAGAUGACUACUCAAAAGAAUGCAACCCUCCAGAAAGAGUCACAAAAUGCUCUUUUUACACUGCCCCUCAUUUUAAAGUGUUAAAAUACACCGAUGAACAAAAGAAAAUUAAGAGACAGCACUACCGGUAUUUACAUACUGUAUAUCAACUCCACUGUAAUUUUGUAUCACUCCAAAUUACAACAUUUCUUCUCUGUAAAUAUAAUUACGUUGCCAGUAUAUUACGCAUCCCUUAAGUGGUUCAGACACUAAACAAAACAUAUUUGGGAACCACUAUCGUCAAAAUCAAGUUUUCUACGAUUUUUGGGUCAUUCAGACGUUCAUGGCAUCCACUUUGUGUGGCAUUUUUCGAUGUCGACAGUUAUCUGAAUCACAAAUGUAUUAGUAUUGUGAUUGAUUUUCUUUGUUUCCUUUCGAUGGUGAGAAAUAAUCUUCCUGUGCACAACGUGUGAAUGACGAUACCAGAUUAGUACAGUGCAAUAGUUUAGUUGUAGACGAAAUAAAAAGCUUUUGCGCUGCCAGUUAGCUUAAGUCACGAGUUGACCUUGAUCACCCAAACGGCUUCUCUCUGUAAUCAACAUUGUUUUUGCCAUAAUAUUCGGCCAACAUUUGAUAAACUGUAAUGAAUAGCAAGAGAGUAAAUAGUUCUGUUUUUGUAUGUCUAAUUUAUCAAUCAGAACUACGUAUUGUUGAUACAGUAAAUGAGACUUUCUCCCUAGUUUCAGCUCAAACGUUUUCCAACCUAGGAGACGGGAGGAGAUUUUAUACUGCUGUAAAAUAUCAAACUAUUUUAUGGACAAGUGUUCUAUCUUUAUAACGAUUCUUCAUAUAUUUAGUUGUGGCAGGUUCUGUUUUGAAAUGUUUGACAAUGGAAAGCAUUGUUUCCAUUUCAGGUUUGUGCUUUAUGCAAAAUAGGAAAAUGAUAACAGACAAAAAAACUUAGUGGUUGAAUAUUUACUGUUCAAGGAUGCUUGCAAUUUUGUAACUUAAAAGAUAUGAUGUUGGCUAUUGGUACCAAUCCCAUAUCAUGUCUCUUGCCUGAUAGUUGUUCAAAUAUUCCAUUAAGCUGAAAGUUGAUAGAUGGCUAUUUUUGUCUUCACAAUGUAAUUCAGGUAAGUUUUCAUAACUUUUUCAUCACAAGGGCUACUACUAGCAGCUUUGGUAGAAUGAAAGGACUCUAUGCAUGGCAUAGAGCAAAAGGUGCAAUUAAUUAAAGAGGGGGUGGCUUUGAAUCAAGAGUGUGUUGACAUCUUGUUGAGGGUGAUGGCCGCAGGUUCAGUGAGGGUGGAAUGCAGCAGUCCACAGAUGCCUAUGUGACAUUCCUGAGGGAAGGCUGGUGGCUGUUUGGCUCUUUGUUCACGUUGACCUAUCUUUUUGUUGCCUUUUUUAGAAGGAAGAGAAUAGCUUAAAAACUAGUGUGGUAUUCCAAGGUGCAACAGCACAUCUUUCGCACCUAACCAUCCUCUUACUCCUCUCACAAAUUAUGUGCGGAUCUUCUUAGCUUGAUGAUAUUGUCCACUGUGUGGUUAUGCAUAUUUGGCUUAUCUUCUCAUUGGUAGGGUUUCCAUGUUUGACUUUGCCUUCGUUGGAGUAAGAAAAAAGGGAAUGCUUAGGACAUUUUGACCUUUUUCUGCACACUAAAAGAACGGACAGAUUAAACAUCUAAGAAAUUGUUUGCCAAAAGGUUUACACGUCAAACUUCUUUGUGAUAUAUUUAGUUUCUGUAGAAAAGCAGUAUGAUGUUCUCGGCUUAAGGGGAAUCUACUCACCCUGUGUAUUACUUAGACUUUAUUAUAGUCACUGCACACCUCGUGCAAAUGUGUACAUUGUGUUGGUAAAGCCAUUAUCUUGUACGUUAAGAGUUUGUGCAUUUUGAAACAAUUAAUGAAGGAGGGACAUGUAUAUUAACGCUAAGUGCCACACAGACGUUGUAAAGCUCUGACUUUGACCAACUAAGUUUAUUUUAGCUGCGAUCUUGUAUUUGCACCGUGUAUUAGUAAAGAAUUUAUCUUUGGUGCUUCAGUCAACAUUUAAAAGGCCUUUUCUUGACCAGUUUGUCUCUGUAUAGGGUGACACUUCACACACUCGCUCGCUAGACCAGUCUUAUUUUUUUGGGUGCUACAGUUAAGCAUACUUUCCGGUUUUGGUUUUGGAACUGACAGACGGCCUUUUACCUAAGUUUGGAAAGUUGUCACGGCUAGGUGACAUGUAUGCGUCUUGUUAAAGUUCUUCACGAAUAUGACAGCUUGGUUAUCAGAAACUUAAUUCACCUCUCUGAGCUGUGGCUUAGGAAUUCUUUCUUUUCCUUAUGAAGAUGAAUUGUCUGGAAAAUGGACUUGACCAGGCUGCUAUGAGGAUUAUAAAUAAAAAAGAAGGUGACCACUCUAGGGACCAGUGUUGGCGUGAUGGUGUAUCCUCUAAAAUAAACAAAAAAAACCUUAUCAUAGUAGUUAUCAUUUUUCUGACAAUGUGUGGAUUUAAUGCCUUGUUCUCCGGAACCAACACAGAAAAAGUCAGAUGGCUACACUACCAGUGAUUAGAACCAGCAGCAAAGCUGGGUCAGUUAUUCAAAAAUCCCUCCCAUUGACUUGUACUGUACUUGCUUUAUUCUGCAUUGGAUGCAUUUUUGGAAAAGGUUUGUAGGACAAUCCAGUACAAAAACACUGUGCCAAGCAAAAUCAAUCAGCGACAGAAAAGAUAUCCAGAAUUCACACUUUAUAGUAACAUGAUCCAGAUCUCUGCGGUGAAAAAUGAUUGCUACUUUUCUUAAUCGACUCUUACAUUAUGGUUUCUUUUCUUUAUUUUUCCAAAUGAAGCUUGUUUGUUAAGCCUCAGUAUUAAUGUAUUUAUUGAAACACUUGCCAAGUGAAGGUACUGAAAUGGCCAUUAUAUUGUUUUGGUGGUUGUAAUAGUGAGUGAGUGAAUGAAUAUGCUGUGUGUUUACAUGUCCGCCAUUCUCCGCUCUUGUUUUUUUUCUUUUCUUUUCUUUUCUCCCCUUUUACUUGAUUGGACUGUGUAUUCUCUCCCUGGGUCGAAGGCACUGAGACUGCACCACUGCAAUGGGCCUGCAUUCAUGCAACUUAGACGUCCAUUCAAACGCGCUCAUUGGUACUCUGAGGUGUGUGCGUGCGUGCGUGCGUGCGUGCGUGCGUGCGUGCGUGCGUGCGUGCGUGCGUGCGUGUGUGUGUGUGUACACUUUUGAUGGCUAUUGCUUAUGCUUGAGAUCCAUUCUGAAUAGAGGGAUGGACAUACAGUGAUAAUAAAAGCUAUCUUUGCAUCUUUUUUUGUAAGGUUGACACACCUUAACACGUGUAUUUAGGACCACUUAUGAUGAAAGACUUUUUUAAAAGAGUUCAAAUAAACUUUGUGUAGUGGUGUACAAAUUGAAAGUAAUGUAUUUUUGUUUGAUUUUUUUCCCUUUUUUUUCUUUCUUUCUUUUUUUUAAGUAUACCAAAUGUAAAUUAUGUACAAUGAGUGUGCCAAUCCCCUUUCUUUGUAAAGCCAGACUCUUAACAAGUGCCAAUGUUGUGAAAAAUCAGAGGGCCUGUGAAUUUCAUGGUCCAGUUUUUAAAACAAAUAAACACUAAGUAUGUGAUUAAUUAACAAAAAAAGGACAAUUUUAUUCUAUAUUUAAGAUUAAUGAUGAACUGCUGUUUUUAAAAUAAAUGUCAUUUUAAUUGCAUGUGUUUGUCAGGUUGGGGAGGGAGUGGGCAGGUGAGAUACUGUAUUCAUGCAAUGCCCUCAUGAAAAGGGUCCUAAUGGUUAUUGAUUUACAGUAUUUUAGCCAUAUUUCUCUUUUGUAUGUUUCAUUUCAACCACUGUUGCCUGAACCUCAUUCAAACAUGAAAAUGAUUUUCAUAGCCUUCUCCUUUAAAUGUUUUAAAUUGGAAUAAAAUAUGUUCCUAUACUCUC